AUGGGGCCUUUCCCAAAUUCUAAUGGUUUCCUCUAUAUUUUGCUAGCUGUUGAUUAUGUGUCCAAAUGGAUGGAAGCGAUACCCAUCCAGACGGAUGAUGCUAAUGUGGUUUUUUCUUUUGGGCAGAAUAACAUAAUUUGUUGCUUUGGAUCACCACGAGCAAUUGUGAGUGAUCAAGGCUCACACUUUUGCAACAAGAGAAUGACAGGGCUAAUGAAGAAAUAUGGCAUCAUUCACAAAGUGGCCACGGCCUACCAUCACCAAACGAAUGGCCAAGCCGAGGUUUCCAACCGGGAGAUCAAGUGCAUAUUGGAGAUAACUGUGAAACCUCAUAGGAAGGAUUGGAGUGCUAAGCUCACCGAUGCACUAUGGGCCUACCGAACGGCUUAUAAAAUGCCAAUUGGCAUGAGCCUGUUUCGGUUGGUCUAUGGCAAAGCUUGCCAUCUACCGGUGGAGAUAGAGCACAAGGCGUAUUGGGCCGUCAAGGAAUGCAACUCAAGUUUGGGGGGAAUUGAAAGAAAGUUACAGUUAGUGGAAUUGGAGUGUUUGAGAUUGGAAGCUUAUGAGAGUUCUAGACUCUACAAGGAAAAGAUGAACGCGGUGCAUGACAAAAACAUCCGAAGAAGAGAGUUUAGAGUUGGAAAGCUUGUCCUCCUCUACAACUCUAGAUUGAGGUUGAUGCUUGGAAAGUUAAGAUCAAGAUGGGAAGGACCCUAUAGAGUGGAGAAGGUGGAGCCAUAUGGGGUUUAUCACUUGCGUCAUCCUUCAAGCCCCACAAUCUUCAAGGUUAAUGGUCAUCGUCUAAAGCUAUACCAUUAG